AUGGACGUCAAGAGGGAACGGUCUUCCGACCAGAUCGAGGAUGUCAACGCCGAUAAGAUCAGCGUUCACGAUGGCACGCUCAUCAUGCCUGCCAGUCUGGCGGCGCUGAGUCAAGAGGAAUACGAAAAGGUUGGGAAGAAGGCCACCUUGAAGAUGGACCUGGUUAUCAUGCCUAUCAUGGUCAUCAUGUACGUCCUCAACUACCUCGACAGGCAGAACAUCGCGAGCGCGAAACUGGCCAACAUCACCACGGAGCUCGGGCUCAGCGAGGUCGAGUACCAGACCACCGUCAGCAUCCUCUUCGUCGGCUACAUUCUGAUGCAAGUCCCUUCCAACAUGAUCGUCGGCAAGAUCAAGUGGCCCGGCGUGUAUAUCUGCGGUGGCAUGGCGGCGUGGGGCGUGAUUUCGUCUCUAAUGGCCGUCGUGCACAACUAUGAGGGUCUCCUGAUGGCGCGUUUCUUUCUGGGCUUCGUGGAGGCCAUCUUCUUUCCCGGCGCGCUGUAUUUCCUGUCGCUGUUCUACAACCGAAAGCAGUUCGCCCUCCGGACUGCGAUUCUAUACUCUGGUUCGCAGCUCGGCAACGCCUUUGGAGGACUGUUCGCGAUCGGCAUUCUGAACUUGGAUGGAAGGAGCGGUCUUUCGGGAUGGCGUUGGCUAUUCCUCGUCGAGGGUGUCAUCACCGUCGGCCUGGCUAUUCCCUUCGCCCUGAUCCUGCCCAACUCUAACAAGAAGAUCCCGACCCUGACUCAAGUGGAGUGCGAAUGGGUGCAGUACAACUUCUCAGCCGACCAAGGCCAGGAAGACGACUCAAGCGAGGUCACCGCCCUCAAGGGCUUCAUGAUGGCCGUCACAGAUCCCAAGACCUGGAUGCUCAUGGGCAUCCUCUACUCGACCUACAUCGUCGGCGCCGUCGCGAACUUCUUCCCCUCCGUCGUCGGCGGCCUCGGCUUCUCCCGCACCAUGACCUACGCCCUCAGCGCGCCCCCCUUCAUCCUCUGCGUCCUCACCAUGCUCGUCAACGGCUUCCACUCGGACCGCAAGCAGGAACGCUACCUGCACAUCGUGAUCCCGCUCUGCGUCACCCUCGUCGCCAACAUCAUCGCCGUCUCCACGACGCACAUCGCCGCGCGCUACGUCGCCAUGAUGCUGCUCCCGGGCUCCUUCUACGCCGCCGCCGUCGUCGUGCUCUCGUGGAUCACCGGCAGCCUGUCGCAGCCGAGCGUCAAGCGCGCCAGCGCCAUCGCGCUCAUCAACGCCAUGUGCAACACGCCCAACAUCUGGGGCAGCUACCUGUACUACGGCGCGCCGCGGUACGUCACGGCCUUCAUUGUGAACAUCGCGGCGACGGGGCUUGCGAUUGCGUUCGCGACGGUGACGAGGAUCUGGCUGAGGAGGUUGAAUGCCAAGUUGGACCGGGGCGAGGAUUGCGGGAAGCAUGGGCCGACGGAUGCGCAGGUUGCUGGUGGGUUUAGGUACCUCAUCUAG